GUGACUGCUGCGCGUCUCCGCGAGCAGUCGGCAGUCUCUCGGUCCGGUCUGGCGCGUGCCUGUGUUGCCGCAGUGUUGUGUGCGCCGCGAGCUUCCCGGAGACGAACGUGUCCUGAACUGCUUGGAACGUCGCUCGUCGGUGCCGCCAAGGAACGUGUUUUUACAUGUCGUUAUAGCGUCGUCGUGAGCCGCACCAUCGGCACCGUGUCAAAAUGCUCCAGCAAAUCCUGCGGGACAUGUACAUUGACCCCAGCUGCUUGCUGAGCUGGAUGAUGAGCAGAAGCACAUCCUGUUCUGCAAGAUGCGAGAGGAGCAAGUACGGCGUUGGGAGCAGCGUGAAAAGGAGCUUGCCCUCAACAGCAAAAGAAUGGCACCACUAGCAAUAGCAGCAAGCCUGGAAGCAAACGUGUGGACUUCCUCUUGGGUUCUGAUGCAAGCCAUGGACUUGGGUGAUGGGAGAGCAUCCUGAAGACUCCAGCAUUGAGGAGAUCCUAGAGAAGGAGACCAAGGAGAAGGCUCGCAUUCAAGCAGCCCAGGAAGCACUCCAGCUAAGAAAUCAAGAGGAGCAGCAACAAAAGCAGCAGCAGCAGAGGCAGGAGCAGCAGCAGCAGGACCAGAAUUGGCAGCAGCUGCAGCAACAGCAGCAGCAGCAGCAGCAACAGCAACAGCAACAACAACAAAUACAGCAACAGCAAAAGGAAAUGUGGUGGUGCCAGCGACUCCUUCACCUCCACCGGAGAUUCCGAAAGACUGCAUAGAGGAAGUGGUGCGAUUGCGGCGCAAAAAGAAGCCCCUGGAAGGCUGCUUCUCCCUGGAGAAGGAAGUGGCUGCCCUCCUCCAAGACUCGGUGGUUGCUACCUCACGGGUCUCCACAGUUGAUCGCAGCACGUGGCUCUCCCAGAAGCAGCAAGAG